AUGAAGACAGAGUUGUCGAUAGAGGAAACAAACAAGCUUCGGAUAAAGUUAGGAUUGAAGCCAAUUGCUGUUACUCCCAGCGAGAGCAUCCAAGAAAAAUCGCAUCAUGAAGUUGAAGAACCCAAGAAAGUGCAACCCAGAGUCCUCAAGGCUCAAAGAGUUGAUCAUGGGAGUUUGGACAACGCAAGCAUCUUGGAAGGGGAAAUCAUGACUCUAAAAGAUGCCAAUAUAUUAGAUGAAGAUCAAAAUGAACUCAUAACAGAAUCAGAGGUCCUUGAUGGUCAACUCAAUAAGAAAUCAGAGUCCACCAAGAAACUCCAUCAAUUUGAAGGUGAUGAAAAUGAAAAUGAUGAUGAUGAUGGAGAGGAAGAAAGUUAUUUUAAAGUCGGAGAAGCUAGAGUGAAACUACGAGUGAACGAAAAUUACAAGCGAGAUUCAAAGUUGAAGAAAAUGGAAGAGUUGGCCAAAAAAAAUAACAAAUAUGUGGUAAAUUUGGAUUCUGGAGAAGAUGAUAGUGAUGAUAAUGAUGAUGAUGCCCUUGAUGAGCUAACAAUGAUUCAGAAAUCUGACUUUAGUUCUUCAAAAAAAAAAUCAAAAUCAGUGUCAGCUAAGAAGUUCAAGAAAUCGAAAAAAAACAAGACUAAAGCAAGUAAUGGAUCUACUGGUUGGAAGAAUUUAAGUGACGAAGAAAUAGACUUGAACCAACAUGUUGUAUUAGACGGUGAAAGUAUAGGCGAUGACAUAUUUGAUGAUGACAAUGACGGAUUGCAAGCAGUACUUACGGCACUGCGUCUAAAAGCUAAUAGCAAAAAAGUUAAAAAUUCUGAAAUUGUUAAGAAGCACCAAGAUGACGGCCCUAAAAAGAGAAAACUUGCCGAGGUUCUUGAAGAUGAGGAUGAUCAAUCUGACAGUGGUUUAGUGAUUGAUGGAACCAGUGAAUUCUUGAGUGGGUUGAAACAAAACAUACUCAGCAACCAUGAGCACACAAACGAUGCGGAAUCGACGGGCUCUCAGCCGCUGAAUGAAACAAACGGUACUAUUGAAAACUAUGAACAUUCGUCUUCAGAGUUAGUGAAACCAAAUGGUACCGGGCCUGAUGUUGAAGAAGAUACUGGGGAAAAUUCAGAAGAAGAUAUUCCAAGUGACGAACCGAAUUUUGGAUCUACAGGCCUAUCCUCAACGCUUUCUUUCUUACAAAAGAGUUCGGUGCUUAAGAUAACGGACGAGGCUAGAUUGAAGGAAAGGGAAAGAACGAUGCAAAAGAAAUUGAAGAAAGACUUGGCUUAUAUGAAACUUGCGAGUGAGAUCAAUGGAGAUGCUAAUAAUAAUGGUCAUAGUAGUACUACUAGUAUAGUGACCGAACAUGGGCUCAACGAUUAUAACCCAGAGAUAAAAAUCACAUAUACCGAUGACAAUAACAAUGUGCUUAACCCGAAAGAGGCCUACAAACAUUUAUCGCACAAAUUCCAUGGAAAGGGCCCAAGUAAACAGAAGCAAGCUAAAUUGUUAUUGAAGAAGCAGCAAAAGCAACUAAAAGAACAGAAGUUUAGUUAG